GAUUUCUUGUCAGCACUUAAACGAAACCAGACUUGAGACGUCAAAGCGUACAGCUGUGGAGGCAAGCAACUUUAAAGCUCGUAACGUACUGCGACUUCGCUAGAGGCUCCCUAUAACAACAAGAAAAUCCUGUGCAGUUAUAUUUUAUACUCACAACUCGAGAGAUCAUACGUUUUUACGAUUUAUUGGUAUGUUUUGAGAGUAGAAACCCGCGGCUCCGUUGUUUGUGGUCGUGUGAUUGACACUAGAGGUACAUGUAAGGAGAACGCUGAUUGGUUGAUUAAUGAAAACCAAUCAAGUGCCGUGCAUGUGUGUCGCUUACAAUAGCUCCACUUGGCUUUUGUCUUCAUAGAGAAGUACGACUUACGAGAAUACUAGCCACUAAUUCACGAAUUUUUACCCUUUACCGGCGCAUCUUUUUCAAUUUUUUUGCACAGAGGAUUCAGUUCGUAUACUGUGACUAUGCAAGAGGGUUUUCAGUUGAGAGUGAUGUGAAUUUUAGCAGCUUUGGACGGGAUUAUCAAAGACAUCCAUGGCCCCUUGCCGACUUCAACACAGCUCAUGACGUGAUGAAAAACUUUCUUCAAUAUAGUGUAAAACUUCUUCGCACGCUGCACUGGUAGUGGGAACUACAAUUUUGUUGCACAUGCACUUGUGUACACUAUGGCGGAGUUUCCCCCCAAUAUUGGAGACUAUGGCAAUAAAGCUCUGGGAGAUUUAGACGAUGGAUUUUUCUAUGGAACUGCGACUGCCACACAACUGCCUUCAGCCGAAAAUCAACAGCUGGCUCCAUAUAGUUCCGGAAUGGCCCUUAGCAUGGAAAGGCACAUCCAGCAGACGAACGAGCGUCUGCACUGCAUCAAAAACCACUUGUCAUCUCCUCAAGGCUUUCAAACUGCUGCCAGGGAGCUGUUGGAGUGGUGUGGAGAUGUACGGGCAUUCCAGAGGCCAUUUGAAGACAACCUCAUGCACUGUUUAACGGUUGUAAGCCGAGUGGCAGCAAAUCCAGGAUAUGACUUAGAUCUAGGAUAUCGACUUCUAGCUGUCUGUGCCGCGCACAGGGACAAGUUUUCACCAAAAUCAGCAAGCAUGCUGUCUGUUUGGUGCGAAGAGUUGGGCAGGCUCCUGCUGCUACGGCAUCAGAAACAGCGCACAGAAAAUCAGAAAAACACAUCGUACCACCCUGCAAUGCAGAAGGCAAUGCCGCCACAGAUGAAUGACAUGAACCACAUGGGGGCUGGUCCUGACACCGGUACAGUUGUUUGGCCGCAAACCACACAACAGCAAGCUGCCUUGUCUGUGGUCACCACUGUUUGGGGAGUGACGUCUUCGCUAACUAACGGCAUGCCAAACAUGACUCAUGACUCAAUGAUUCCUGGCAUCCCUACAACAAACACUGUCAACUCUGUUACGCAUCCUUUCCCUACAACAUCGGCCAAUCCUACAAAACAAUAUGGUGGUUUCCCACAACAACGGCGGAUGAUGACAGAUGGACCUUACAUGCAGAGGCAGAAUAGCUACCCUUCUCCAGCUAACCAAAACGGCCCUCCAAAUUCUGGGCCAUAUCAAUACCCAUCACAGCCCAACGCCCCCCCUAAUGCAUCCCCAUUCCCUAAUGCUCCUGCUAAUCCUGCAGCGGCCGCCGCUGCAGCAGCUGUAGCUGCUGCUGCAGCUACUGCUACAGCAACGGCCACUGCAACAGCAACAGCUGCGCUACAAGAACAGCAAAUGGAUCCGUAUGGCUACCAAACUGGUCAAAACCAGUAUAACCAGAAUCAGCAGGUGCCCCACCCACAGCACCCCCCUCCGCCAUACCAACGAAGUGCAAGCUACCCUGGUUACUCUCCGGAGCAGUAUCAGCAGGUGCCGCUGCCACAUAGCCAGAUGCAGCAACCCAACCAGCCGCCAAACAUGAUGAAGGGGCCUCGGCCUCAGAUGACUCGAAACCAGUAUCUUCAAGAAUACAUGAUGAAGAGAGCGCAAAUGCAGCAGCAUUACAAGCAACAACAGCAGCCAUACAUGCCAAACCAAAUGCCAAACCAAAUGCCGAACCAAAUGCCAAACCAAAUGCCCAAUCAAGGAGGACCGCAAAUGGGUUACCAAAUGCAGCCAGCAGGUUACCAGCAAAGCGGCUACCAGCAGCAGCCCACCCCUCCCCCUCCCUACACCCCAGCCGCCACAAUGAACCAAAAUCCAUUCUCACAGCUAAAUCAAGGUGGGCCAGUAGUCACUCCUACACAAGUCGGACCAAUGAAUAACAUGGGACCCAAUAUGGGGGUCCCAGCAAUGGGGGGUGUCCCUCAGAACAAUCAGAUGAGCAUGUACCCACAUCCCAUGCAAGGAGGAACCCCCACCUCUCAACCGGGGCCCAAGAAUAGAAGAAGAAAGAGCGCUGCUCCAUUCCCGCAACAGCCGCCUAUGCAGAUGGCCGCAGCCAUGUCUCCGCCCACAGCAGGUCCUACUACGCCUGUGGGUAUGGGCAGUCCGUACAUGAGUAUUACUGACGGGAUGGGUGGUUUUAACUAUGACACGAAACCCCCAACGUCAGUAAUUCCUGCAGCAACAGCAUCACCACAAGGGACCAUGGAAGAUGUCAAGCCUAGGAUACGAAACGAAAAUGACGUUAUUCGGCUGACGUUCCCGGUCCGUGAUGGUAUCGUUUUGCCCCCAUUCCGCCUGGAGCACAACCUUGCUGUAAGCAACCACGUGUUCCACCUAAGAGAAUCAGUUCAUCAGACUCUAAUGAUGAGACCCGACUUGGAGUUACAGUUCAAGUGUUACCACCACGAAGACAAGCAGAUGUACACCAAUUGGCCAGUGUCAGUGGCAGUUAGUGUGAAUGCUACUCCGCUGCCGAUAGAGCGGGGCGAGAAUAAGACUGCACACAAACCUCUUCAUCUCAAGCAAGUUUGUAAACCGGGCCGGAAUACAAUACAAAUCACCGUCACGGCUUGUUGUUGUUCUCACUUGUUUGUUCUUCAACUCGUUCAUCGUCCAUCCGUCAGUUCUGUGUUACAAAGUCUACUACGAAAACGACUUCUUCCAGCGGAACAUUGCAUUACAAAAGUGAAACGUAAUUUCUCACUCUGUUCGACUGCGCCUACAACUAAUGGCAGCGACGACGGGGUGGAACAGACAGCGAUUAAAGUGUCUCUCAAGUGUCCAAUCACCUUUAGACGUAUUUCCUUACCGGCUCGAGGGCAUGAUUGUAAACACAUACAGUGCUUCGACCUCGAAUCCUAUCUGCGGCUGAACUGUGAACGGGGCAGUUGGAAAUGUCCUGUCUGCAAUAAAACAGCUUUAUUAGAGGGUCUAGAGGUUGACCAAUUCGUCUGGGGGAUCCUCACAGCGCUAUCCAGUAGUUGCGAAGUAGAGGAAGUGACCAUCGACCCCAACAGCCAAUGGAAGCCAGUCACUGUCAAGCAAGAGCCGAAAGAUGAAGACUGUCAGAACCCGCCUGUUUCCAAGAAACUCCGACCAUCACCCCCAGACUCGCUCCCUAUAAUGAACGCCGGGACACCUUCGAGCGGGCACUUUUCGCCACACUCAGGACAGCCCCACUCGCACCCAGGCAAUGGGACUCCCACCCCACCUGGUCGCACCCCAGAUAUGAACACAGGGUCAUCAGGCGGCACCCAGGAACAUGGACCUGGAAGCAACCAACCCUCCGAUAAAAUCCAUAGUCCAGCCACAAGCCAUACUUCACCUGUCUCGACCCAUCUCCCAACACCCAACUGCCACACUUCAACACCCCACACCACGACAACUACACCAAACAGCAACGAACAGUGCCCAAACACCGCGGCAGGCUCAGUUCCCCCUCCUCCGAGCAGUACGGCGAACGCCCCUGUGCCGGAUGAUGCUCCCGACCUAACGUCUGAAAAUCUCCCAGAUGACUAUUUCGACCCGUCAGUUUUAGGCGGGGACAGCGGAUCAGAUGAAGUUGAAGGGACACUAGAUGAUUUACCGGAAAACCUCGACCCAUCGGAAUUGUUCUCCUAUCUGACGCCAGGACCUAACGAGGACCUCCUUUCCAUGUUUGAUUAACACCUGUCCAUCAACGAGAUGGUAUAUAAAUAGACGAAGAAUAUAUACAAUGGCUAGUAUUUUGGGUAACCUCUUCAUGAGCGGAAUCUUGAAAAAAGUCUUUACAUUUUAGUAAAGCCACAUUCUUACGACUCAUUUUAUGUGGAAUCCUGCAGAAGCUUUUACAUCUUUUACUUUAGGAGACCCCCCAUAACGCAAAUAGAUUGGGAUAGAUAUAUAAUAGACGACAUAUAUUACAGAGGUAGAGAUUGCAGAUUUUAUUUAUUUAUAUUUUCUUAAAAGAUCCGUAGUAACUUGUUAACACCGACUCUCCAUCUUCAUAAGGUUUCAUAAUGUGGGAUUUUAAGGGACACAGUUGUAAAAUAACAUCGACGCUAAUAUAUAUAUAUAUAACAUACAUAACUGAUGGAUACUUUGAUCGUAUUUUUUUUUCUUAAAAGAUUCAACUUCAAAAGUUCUAUUUUGUUUAAUCAGAGAUUAAUCUUAGUUGUCUAAUGGACACUAAACGACCAGUGGGCUCAUCGAUACUAUAUCACAAUCGCCCUGAAUAUAACCCUAACAAUAAUCCUAUUUCGGUGGUUGUGAUAUUGUAUUUCCCAAUAUCUAGUGGGUUACCAGAGAAGCCUUAUGUCACUCCUGGCUACUUCAAACUUGUAACGUGAUAUGUGGUGACGUGGUCAUGACGCUGUUAUACCUUACGGGUCUGUCACGUGACCAUGCCCGGGGUCGUACACCUAUUUCAAAUAAUGUUGCACUCUGAGGAUCCAUGUAUCGUAACCCCCAAUGGUUCAUGGGUAACGCAUGAGGUUGAUAUAUACCGUUAUCACGAUGUUGUGCGCGCAUUUAAAAUGCAACAGACUGGCAGGCCACUGCUGAUAUAAAAUGGAGUAUGAAGUGGAGUUUCCAGACGAAGCCAUAGAAAAUGCCGUGGAAUGCUACAGUCAAAUACCCCUUCGCUCUGCGCGCAACAUCGUGAAAACGGUCUGUUGGACUCUAGAAGCCGUGUGAAUGUUUAGAGACACGUAAACAAGAAUACUACGGUUUUUCAAAUUUGAAUUUUUUUAUUUUGUUUUAUUUUUUAUUUGUUACGCAUGAAGCAUUGUCGAGUACGAAUCGUGGAAUUUCUAGUGCAAUCUUAUCUAAGAAAUACCUGUAAGGCUUCCUGGUUCACCAGAUAUAUCUCACUCUUCUCGUACAUAACACCUUACUCUUAACACAUUUCUAAUGCUGACAUUACACAUUUCAAUCUCUUUGCUGCACAUCUUACGUUAGGCGCUUGAUAUCACUGCUUCCCAAUAUUUGGGGAUUCCAAGUAAUGCAAUAAUAUAUGCAUAAAAUAUCAUAAAUCACCUUAUAUGGUAACAAUAGAUGUCCCUAUAUGGCAAUGGCCGUAAGUAAGCAAAAAUAGUUUUAAGAAUUUAUUCUAUGGAAGUAAAUGUAGUAAUAACAGUCUCUUUACAAAGAUAAGCUAUGUAAAACGGAGGGACGACAGGACAAGUAUAAAUAUAAAAGUGAUAUAAUAACUGCUGCUGUCAUUGAAAUCUGCGAGGCUACAUAUUAGAGACUGCCACAUUGAAACUGAAAAGUGGAUGGUUUUGUAAUUAAGGGAAAUUUCCUAUGAAGAAAUUGCCGACAAUUUGCCAUUGUUUUCCUCUCAGUGAUGUGGCUCAAUUGCUGGGGACUGUUUAAUGUCCUGAAUGGGAAAGAAAUUGCUUUCCUUUCAUUCAUUUGGAAGACUUUCCAAUUAUGCAACAUUUAACUAAAAAAUAUAUUUUCUAGAGGUUUUCCCUUUUUUUUGUUUUUGAAAUUUUACUUUUAUUUGAGGUGAGUUUGUUCUUUGAAUAUUAUCUUUUUUAACCAAGAAACAUGCAAUUGCGAGUUCAAUUUCUACUUCUCAGUUACAAUGUUGCAGUUAUGUGCGAGCUGUGGCUCUUGACCUCUUUAUUUUUUCAGUUCCUCCAGAGUCUUCCAUGUGGCAGUGUACACUAGUUUGCUACUCUUUUUACUUAGAGGCAUUAACGAAUGAUUAAAAACGUUUUAACUAAAAUCGAAACCCACAUUGACUUAAACGAGAAAAUGAAACUGGCCAUCAGUCCAGCUGACCGCCGUUCUAUUGGAUAUUCCUAACAAGGCUUUUUUGCGCACUGCAAAAACAUCAGGCCAUGGAAAAAGUAUCCACUCUCCCCAAACUGUAAGAUGGUGCCUCGAUAUAAUAGGAAAAUCUAAACAGAGAACUUGCCGGUCUCUUGGCCUUUUCACUCCAAAAUCUGAAUUUGAAAAUUCUAAUUUCUAUCUGCAUCAAAGUUCUUUGUGUCUCUGCCAGUAAUGUUUCUUAUAAAAAUGGACUGAUUUUUGUUUAUUUUAUCUAUUGACGUCCUCUAUGGAGUAGUAUUAUUUUCAGAUUGCUUUUUUGGAGUGAAAGGGUUAAGUAUAUUGCACUUUCUGAAAGAAGCACACUCAUACCUCGGCCUUUGGGAUAACAUCUAUGAAACUCUGCCUCAUCUCGAGCCAGAUAAAGAUAUAUAAGUAUUAUGACUUCGACUGUACAUAGUGCUUGGUAAUUAUCGCUAUAUUCACAUUCUGUUCUCCACAAACUUGUAUAGUUGCCAACCGAAGAGUGCAUCCAUGUACUGAUGCUCACAAAGUCUAAGCGGGUAGUCGCAGUAGUAGUUUUUACAUAUUUAUAUACUUUGUUGAUAAGGGUUUAGGUAAACAAAUUCUACGAAGAAGGCUCCAUAUACCUUGUAGUUGUACCAAUGUAGAUAGAACAUGUACUCAAAUUUUGUAAAAAUAAUAAAGUGCAAAAAUCAAUAACAAA